CCGCCCGCCCGCGCCACUUCCGACGCAGCGCUUGGUUCAGGUUCCGGGGCGCCGCGGAGCUCCCGGCCUGUGGGUAGCGCGGGGCGCUCUGUGGCGGCCGGGAUGGAGGAGGCCGGAGCGGUGGUGGCCACGGCCGGGGAGUCCGAACUGAACUUGUCCCGCCUCAGCGUGUCCCCCGAGACCCUGGAGUCGGAGCUGGAGGCGCGGGGCGAGGAGCGGCGCGGCGCGCGGGAGGCGCUGCUGCGGCUGCUGCUGCCGCACAACCGUCUGGUGUCGCUGCCGCGGGCGCUGGGCAGCGGCUUUCCGCACCUCCAGCUGUUGGACGUGAGCGGCAACGCGUUGACCGCGUUGGGGCCGGAGCUGCUGGCGCUGCGCGGCCUGCGCACGCUGCUGGCCAAGAACAACCGGCUCGGCGGGCCCGGCUCGCUGCCCAAGGGCCUGGCCCAGUCGCCGCUCUGCCGCAGCCUCCACGUGCUCAACCUUAGCGGGAACUGCUUCCAAGAGGUUCCAGCCUCGCUGCUGGACCUGCGCGCGCUGCACACCCUCAGCCUCGGUGGCAACCAGCUUCAGAACAUCCCAGCCGAGAUCGAGAACUUGAGGAGUUUAGAGUGUUUAUAUCUUGGAGGAAACUUCAUCAAAGAAAUCCCGCCAGAAUUAGGAAAUUUGCCUUCUCUAAAUUACUUGGUAUUAUGUGACAACAAAAUCCAAAGUGUGCCUCCUCAGCUUUCACAGUUGCAUUCACUUCGUUCCCUCAGUCUUCACAAUAACUUGCUGACAUACCUGCCUCGAGAGAUCCUCAACCUUAUUCACUUGGAAGAAUUGAGUUUGCGAGGAAAUCCAUUGGUUGUUCGUUUUGUUAGAGAUUUAACGUAUGAUCCUCCAACUCUCCUGGAGUUAGCUGCACGGACCAUUAAAAUUCGAAAUAUUUCCUAUACUCCCUAUGAUCUUCCUGGGAAUCUUCUUAGAUACUUGAGUUUAGCCAGCAAUUGCCCAAACCCAAAGUGUGGAGGAGUCUACUUUGAUUGCUGCGUCAGACAAAUUAAAUUUGUGGACUUCUGUGGGAAAUACCGUCUCCCCCUGAUGCACUACCUGUGUUCACCGGAAUGCUCUUCCCCUUGCAGCUCUGCCUCUCACAGCUCCACAUCCCAGAGCGAAUCUGACUCAGAAGAUGAAGCCAGUGUGGCUGCACACAGAAUGCAGAAAGUUCUUCUUGGUUGAAAAGGGAAGCAGGGUGGUGUGAAACACUAAAAGACUGAGCAGAGGUGGUUAGAAAAGAGAAUAGACUUGGAAGUUCACUAGAAACCGUACCUUCAUCUUAAGUGUCCAUGACGGAGUUGGAGAUGGUGUAAAAGAUUUUGUGUUUCUAGCCAUUCAGCAGGAAUGAGUCCAGUUCCAUGUUUGGAUUCUUUUAAAUUCACUCUGAAUGGCAGUUUCAGAUUUAGCUGAUUGUUUGCAGUUUUCACUCAAGUUUUGCAUGAAUCACACAGCAGAAUGGAACAUCCUGAAGAGCAGUGCUAUAAUAAACCAUGAGUGUUAACUUGUGAUAGUUGAUAUGAAGAUAGAAAUGAUCAAAGAUGUCAUUUUUACCAGAGUUGUCCUUGAGUUUAGGUUGAACACUAUACCGUAACAGGAUUAGCCCUACAUUCUUGUAUUGCCCAUAUGUCUAGAUUACAGAGUUAUUCAGAUAAGCUCACAGAUGGUUACAUAGGACCUAAACCUUUCUCAGCUACUGACUGGUAAAGUAAGGGAUAUAACUUUCAUGUGGGGUUUUAAAACUCUUCACUUCUGCUCCUUUGUUCUAUACGAUUGUUGUUACCCUUGUAUAAUCCAGCAAUGACUGUAAUAGUGCCUUAAUCAUAACAAGGAUUUAGAAAUUUAUUCAAGAAAUGAUACCAGAGCAGCCUAUAACCUGACAUACUAUGCAGAACACUUUAAAAUAUGCUUUAAUGGGACUAGGUAAACAGCUGUAUAUCUGACAUCUGAGCUCAUAGCCACCUUAACCUCAUUUUUUGUUUAAACAAAUCACUUUUAUAAUUAAUGGGAGGCCACGAUCUUGAUCAGUCUGUUCAUCAUAAGACAGAAUAAUAGUUUUGUUUUGUUUUUGUGGUACGCGGGCCUCUCACUGUUGUGGCCUCUCCCGUUGCGGAGCACAGGUUCCGGACGCACAGGCUCAGCGGCCAUGGCUC